AUGGAACCAGAACUUGAUCUCAAAGUUAAGGAGCAACCGGCAAGUUCCAGCACGGCUCACCAAAUUGUUAGUCUGACCGGCAUUAGUUUCGAAAGGAAAAGUAUAAUUGGUGCUGUGGAGUUAACCAUUGUGCCGACAAAGGAAAAUUUGCGAAUCAUACGUUUAAAUGCUAAGCAGUGUCGGGUAUACCGAGUGCUGCUGAAUGAUGUCUGCGAAGCAGAUUUUGUUUAUUUUGAUCCAUUUCUGGAUAUAUGCCAAGGCGAUUCCAAGACCCGCUCAUUGGAAACUUUUUCCAAGUUUCAUUUAACAGCAGCACAAAAAACGGAUCCCGAUGCAAAUUGUGGAGAAUUGCUCAUCCAGGUACCGCCUGAAGGUUACCAUAUGAUACAAGAGGGUCGGGGAUUGCGAAUUGGUAUUGAAUUCUCCUUGGAAAAUCCUCAAGGUGGUAUACAUUUUGUUAUACCGCCCACAAAUGACGAUGAUCCUCAACCCAACAGUGCUCACAUGUAUACAAAUUCGUAUGAGAACUCGUCACGUUUAUGGUUUCCAUGUGUGGACAGUUUUGCUGAUCCCUGUACAUGGAAAUUGGAAUUCACAGUGGAUAAACACUUAACAGCUGUUUCUUGUGGUGAACUAAUGGAGGUGGUAAUGACACCCGACUUGCGUAGAAAAACAUUUCACUAUGCUCUAAAUGUUCCCGUGUGUGCCCCAAAUAUAGCAUUAGCUGUGGGACCAUUUGAAAUUUAUGUUGAUCCGCAUAUGCACGAAGUAACACACUUUUGUUUGCCCCAGUUGUUACCAUUACUCAAAAAUACAGUGCGUUAUUUGCACGAAGCUUUUGAAUUUUUCGAAGAGACCUUAUCUACCCGCUAUCCAUUUACAUGCUACAAACAGGUAUUUGUAGAUCACGCAGAUGCCGACAUAAGUGCCUAUGCCACAAUGAGCAUAGCUUCGGUACAUCUUUUACACAGCAUAGCUAUAAUAGAUCAAACGUAUAUUUCGCGAACUCUUAUGUCCAGAGCAGUGGCUGAACAGUUUUUUGGUUGUUUCAUAACAUCGCAUCAUUGGUCGGAUACCUGGUUGGCCAAAGGUAUUGCGGAAUAUUUAUGUGGUCUUUAUUCACGCAAAUGUUUUGGUACCAAUGAAUACCGCGAAUGGAUACAAAAAGAACUGGAUCGUGUGGUAAAGUAUGAAGAGCAGUAUGGAGGUAUUAUUUUGGAUUGUAGCCAGCCUCCUGCUCCGUUACCUGUUAGUAGCACCAACCCUGCCGCUUCCACCGCCAAACAUCAGGAAAUUAUACAUUAUUUUCCUAUAAAAAGUUUACACACCGUGUCGCCAAAAUAUGUGGAUGCGAUGAGAAGGAAAGCCCAUUUAGUUAUACGAAUGUUGGAACAUCGUAUAGGCCAAGAAUUACUAAUACAGGUAUUUAAUAAGCAAUUGGCUUUAGCAACAAACGCGGCUGGAACAAAAAUUGGUUCAGGACUUUGGCAUCAUUUGCUUAUAUCUACAAAUAUUUUUAUAAAGGCAAUCUUUACGGUAACCGGUAAAGAUAUGUCGGUCUUUAUGGAUCAAUGGGUACGCACUGGAGGACAUGCCAAAUUCUCGCUAACAUCGGUAUUCAAUCGAAAACGUAACACAAUUGAAUUGGAAAUACGUCAAGAUUUUGUCAAUCAACGGGGUGUACGCAAAUAUAAUGGUCCACUUUUGGUACAACUACAAGAAUUGGAUGGUACUUUUAAACAUAUGCUACAAAUUGAGAAUGUUGUAGUCAAGGCGGAUAUAACAUGCCACUCGAAAAGUCGUCGUAAUAAGAAAAAGAAAAUUCCCUUGUGUACUGGGGAGGAGGUUGACAUGGAUUUAUCACCCAUGGAUGACUCUCCAGUAUUAUGGAUACGAUUAGAUCCUGAAAUGAUAUUGAUAAGAGAUUUAAAUAUUGAACAACCGGAUUUUCAAUGGCAAUUUCAAUUAAGACAUGAACGUGAUGUUACUGCACAAUUUGAGGCUAUUAAAGCCCUGGAGAAAUAUCCCACAAAUGCCACUCGUUCUGCUUUGACGGAUGCCAUUGAAAAUGAACAAUUUUUCUAUAAAGUUCGUUGUGAGGCAGCAAAUUGUUUAACAAAGGUUGCCAAUCAAAUGGUUACCCAAUGGAGUGGCCCACCCGCAAUGUUAAAUAUAUUCCGGAAGUUCUUUGGAUCAUUUAGUGCACCACACAUAAUAAAACAAAAUAAUUUCUCUAAUUUUCAAUUGUAUUUCCUCCAAAAAGUUAUACCCGUAGCCAUGGCUGGUCUUCGUACAUCUCAUGGUAUCUGUCCACCUGAAGUUUUACGUUUUCUCUUCGAUCUAUUCAAAUACAAUGACAAUACACGAAAUCAUUAUAGUGAUGUCUAUUAUAGAUCAGCAUUGGUAAAUGCAUUGGGUAAUUCAAUUACGCCAGUUGUAUCGGUGGUAUUGCGAGGCACUCCCAUUACUUCGGACAGUCUUUCAGCAGAUGCAAAGCUGGUACUGGAAGAGGUGACACGUCUAUUGAAUUUGGAAAAACAUUUACCUUCCUACAAGUACAUGGUAUCUGUUUCAUGUUUAAAAGUAAUACGAAAACUACAAAAAUGUGGCCACUUACCCUCGUUGCCGAAUAUUUAUCGCUGCUAUGCUGCAUAUGGACAAUAUUUGGAUUUGCGUAUUGCAGCCAUGGAAUGUUUAGUCGAUUUCGUAAAGGUCGAUGGUAGAUGGGAAGAUUUGGAUCAUUUAAUAACGCUGCUGGAGACCGAUCCAGAUCCAGCAGCUCGCCAUGCUUUGGCUGGGUUAUUAAUUGAUAAUCCCCCCUUUACAAGAGAAUCAAAAAGCCGUUUAGAUCGUCCAGAAUUGGUGGAGAGACUUUGGAGCAAUAUGAAUAACAAAUUGGCUUUUGAUACAAAACUACGUUGUGACAUGGUAGAUUUGUAUUAUGCCCUUUAUGGUACGAGGCGUCCCCUUUGCUUGCAAUCGGCCGAAAUGACUAGCAUGUAUAAAGAUUUUAUACGUGAAGGUACAUCAAAGAAAACCUCAUCCAGUACAUCGAACAUGUCAACGAUACCCAAAAUUGUACCAGAAAUUAAAUCGGAAAUACGACGUGAUGAUACCGAUGCCUUGGAUAGCAAAUCCAAUGUUAUGACAGCAAUAAAACGUACAGCCAGUGAAGCAUUUGAAGAUACCGAUGUUGGAGGUAUAAAAUUAGAAACGCACGAAGAAAUCACUGUCGCAAAUGAAGUUAUAAAAGAUGAAAUUUAUGAGGGCGAAUCAAAUAAAUUGGAGGUAACACAUGCGGAAAGUGAAACAUACGUUUCGGAGACGAAAAAACUAAAAAGUGAAGUAUUCGAUGAAGAUGAAAAUUCGGUGACAAUCAUCGAUAUAUCGGAGACAACAAUCACUCGAAUGGAUAGUAGCUUUGAUUCGUCAAGGGCAGAUGGAGAUCUUAGGCAGAAAAUGGAUGCUUCUUCGAAGAAGAAAAAGAAGAAAGACAAAAAGAAGCACAAACACAAGCAUAAACAUAAGCACAAUCGUGAAAAGGAUAAAGAUCGUGAACGUCGUGAAAAACGUGAUCCCAAUAUUUCACGCCUACAGACCAAGGAGGCCACACCAGAAACAUUAAGUUCAGCGGAUAGUAGCAACAGCAAUAGUAAUCCACCAUUUAAUUUCCAUACAUAGCAUCGGCUUUUUAAUCACUCCAUAAAGUUUG